ACGACAUUUAAUUGCCAAAAAUCGAUUCCAACAUGUAGCGAGAAAUGUUUUCUGUCAGAUUUGACAAGUAUAUCACGCAGGUUUGUUUAUAAACAAAAUCCAGAGGGCGCUAAUGAAAUACCACAACUCAACCCGACCCGCGAGUUAACCGAGUUUGAGUAUACUACAUAUUACUAUUUUUAGUCCAAGGAAUUAAACGUGCUGAAACUUAUUUAUGUUAAGUGAAAAUCUAUGGAUCCAUCUAAGGUGGAGAUAAUUGAUUUCUAUCGUCCAGAUGGCAGCAGAAAGAACUUGUUCAUCACAAAUAUCCCUGGAUGUCUAACCGAGGAUGAAAUUGUUUACCAGCUGUAUGGAAUCUUUGAGCCCUUUGGAUUGCUGUAUGGCGUCCAGGUGUUCCCUUGCUCACGGAGAUUUCCACAGGCUACAGAGUCUGAGAAUGGAGGAGCCAUGUCUGGUUCUAAGGAACAAGAGCCUGGAUAUUAUGCAUUUGUGACGUUCUACUCCACCAUGCAUGCAUCCAGAGUGAAGGAGUCAAUGAAUAGCGUUAUCAUGCUGGCUGGCUCUGAGUGCAAGAUUGCCUAUGCCAAGAGUAGGAAGCAGUUACAGGAGAGACACCCCUUGUAUGUCUCCAAGUGUUACGAUCUCAUCAACUACUUCCUGGGAUUUAACAGCUGGUCCACUACCAUCAAAACAAUGUUUGAGGAUACCGACAGUGUCCAGGCAACACCUAACACUACAUAUGUGAAGUAUGUGUGCCUGGUAGAAUUGAGGGUGCUGGAUAUUAUUAUUGAGGGGGUUGGUGUUAGCCAGGAAGCGCUGGCCAAAUCUUCAGACCCCAUGUUGAAGAUUCAGGCAGUUGGCAAGUGCAAGAAGCUCUGCUACAUGCGAGCAAUAGAGAACGCCUUCUCUCGCGUGUUACUGGUUGUCCUGGGAAACGGGAAAGUGCACGUGGAAAUCGACACUACCAAGCCUGAGCUGCGGACUGAUGUGGUCUCCGAUGAACAGCUUGUAAAAGUGAACGAGCUGUCAGAUCAACCUGAAUCUGAACAAGACUUGCAAGAGACACACAACCCUCAUAUGGCAGAUGGGAGCAUGUUGUCAGCAAGUGGGGUGGACAAUCUGAACCUGCAGAUUUUACAGGAACUGGAGGAGGACAUGUGAACAAUUGAGAAAUCCAUCACAUGUGAACACACACAAUCUCAAGGGUGUGAUCAUUCACCAUCAUGAAGACGUGAACAUGUAAUGAUCUUAUAUCAUAAAGUAAAACAUAUGUGAACAAUUGAGAAAUCCAUCACAUGUGAACACACACAAUCUGAAGGGUUUGAUCAUUCACCAUCAUGAAGACAUGUGAACAUUUAAUGAUCUUAUAUCAUGACGACAUGUGAAUAUGUAAUGAUCUUAUAUCGUGAACACAUGUGAACACUUAAGAAAUCGGUCAAAUGUGAACACACACAAUCUGAAGGAUGUGAUCAUUCACCAUCAUGAAGACAUGUGAACAGUGAAUGAUCCAAUCUCAUGAACACAUGUGGACAGUAAAUGAUCCAAUAUCAUAAAGACAUGUCAACAGUAAAUGAUCUAAUAUCAUGAACACAUGUGGACAGUAAAUGAUCCAAUAUCAUGAACACAUGUGGAAAGUAAAUGAUCAUAAAUCAUGAAGACAUGUGGACAGUCAAUGAUCCAAUAUCAUGAAGAUAUGUGGAAUGUAAAUGAUCCAAUAUCAUGAACACAUGUGAACAGUAAAUGAUCCAAUGUCAUGAACAUAUGUGGACAGUAAAUGAUCCAAAAUUAUGAAGACAUGUGGACAGUAAAUGAUCCAAUAUCAUUAAGACAUGUGGAAGGUAAAUGAUCCAAUAUCAUGAACACAUGUGGACAGUUAAUGAUUCAAUAUCAUGAACACAUGUGGACAGUAAAUGAUUCAAAAUCAUGAAAACAUGUGGACAGUAAAUGACCCAAUAUCAUGAAGAACCUAGAACAUGUAAUGAUCUCAUGUCAUGAGGACAUGUGGAUAUUAAAUGAUGUAAUAUUAUGAGGACAUGUGAACAUUUAAUGAUUGAUUAUCAUGACAACAUGUAAACCUUUAAUGAUCAAAUAUCAUGAAAACAUUAGAACAUUUAAGGAUCAAAUAUCAUAAAGACAUGGGAACACUGAAUGAUUAAAUAUCAUGGGGACAUUUGAUCACUUAAUGAUCUAAGUUUAUGAGAACAUCUGAACAUAAAAAUAUCUAAUAUCAUGAGUACAUGUGAACAGUUAAGAAUUGUGAAACAGGGACGUAAAUCAGAGGGAUAUUGGAACAUUAAAUGAUUUAAGACUAUAAAGUCAUGUGAACAUUGAAGAUCAUGAACACAUGUGAACAUUGAAGAUCAUGAGGAUAUGUCAACAUUGAAGAUCAUGAAGACAUGUGAACAUUGAAGAUCAUGAGGACCUGUGAACAUUGAAGAUCAUGAAAACAUCUGAACAUUGAAGAUCAUGAGGACACGUGGACAUUGAAGAUCUUAAGGACAUGUGAACAUUAAAGAUAUUGAGGACAAGUGAGCAUUGAAGAUCAUGCAGACAUGUGAACAUUACAUUUUUAUGAGGACAUAUGAAGAUUAAGAUAAUGAGAACAUGUAAACAUUAAAAAAACUUAUAAUCUAACGUACACUGGCAUAAACAUCUGUAAGGAGUUUUGCCCCAAGUACUACAUGUGAACACAAUUAUUACAGGCAUCAAGGAUUACAUUUUGAAUAUGCUGUAGUAGAUUUUAAAUAACAUUUAAUUCAAGUUGUUGUUAUGUAUAGAAUUAAUUUAAUUGUGUCUGCAAUAAAGAUGCUAAUAAAAGCUUUUUCAUG